AUGGGCGGCGGCGCUUCAAAGCAGGCUGCCAAGGCCUCCCAGGAGGCAGCGAAGGCUUCCCUGCAGCGGCGCAGACGGCUUCUCUUUGGGUCCCAAGAGACAAGGCCCUUUGAGUCAGUGCCGCCACGUUCGCAGUUCCGUGCUGAGGCUCAGGACGAGGAUUUGGUCUUCCAACGCCUGGGAAUCGAUGCGCAGAGCUUGCGGCUGAACUUGGAGGCCAUUCAUCGUGACCAUGACGAGGGCUUCCUUCGACCCAACGCCCUGGAGACCUUGCGCUUGCAGCUGCCAGAGGCGGCACCCAUUUCCAGGCGGCUCUACCGGGUGGCGCAGGCGCAGCUGGGCCUAGUGGAGCCCCGACGGGCGCAGCUCACCUGCUAUGAGGUGCUGGCUCUGGCGGGGCUGCUGCGCAGCGGCAGCUCGGCGGAGCUUCUGGAGCUGCUCUUCUGCGUCUUCGAUGCGGAUGGGGACGACCGGAUCGGGCAGGCGGACCUGGAAGCCGGCAUCGAUGCCUUCCUGCAGCUUGCCUCUUUGCCGGAAGCGGACGCCAAGGACUUCCGGCGCCUGGACAUGCGGAAGCGCAAGGCGGAAGUGCAGAGACUGGCAAAGCAGGCGAUGCAGGACUUUGCCGGGGACGACUCAGACCCAGAGCCUGAGGCGGAAUUCCUCGAGGAGCCGCCAGCCCCGCCGUCUCCAAAGGACCCGACCGCCAGUUCGGGACUUGGGGAAGUCUGCAAACAGUCCAGCACCGCGAGCAAGGUGGCAGAGACGGGCCAGGCACGCAAGGGUGGCCUUUGCGGCAAGGCGCCAAAGGACGCGCCGGAGGACAUGGCCUUUCAGAAGGCCAAGCCUAAGGCGAAAGGCGGCCUUUGUGGCAGAAAGUCUACGGAGGCUGCUGCAAAGGAGGACGAGCUGGACAGAGAGGAAUCAAAAGCAAAGGAGACAGAAGCUUCGCAGCUCGCCGAAAGGAACUUGACCUUCGGGCUAGCCUCGACGUGUCAAAGGCCAGAAGAUGAGGCCAAAGCUAAAGCGGAAGAGGCGGCUAAGGCCAAAGCGGCCAAGGAGGCCAAGGAGGCCAAGGAGGCCAAGGAGGCCAAGGAGUCCAAAGAAGCCAAGGACGCCAAAGAAGCCAAAGCCAAGGCCAAAGCUAAGGCCAAAGCAAAAGCCAAAGCCAAAGCACGCGGGCGUGCCUUAUGUGGGGCUGCGCCUGUGCAGUUCCUGUCCUUUCGCCAGUGGAGCCAAUGGCUCCUGGCCAGCGAGGUGCUGCCGCCCGCGCUGGCAUCAGCUGCCCAGGAAGCCAAGCCAGUUGCACGGCCACUUCCAGCAGAAGCAGAAGCAGGAGCUGGAGCAGAAGUAGGAGCAGGCGCACUUGUCCCAGUGUCCCGGUCGCCAGCUGCGUCCGAGGACACCCCGGAGGACACUCCGUUAGGCAUGUUACAGCCACUUCUGGCCAGCUGAGCGAAGCCGGCGGUAGGCUUGCAAGCGAUUUGCCGUUGGAGCCUUUCCGUUGCAAGA